GGCGCUCGCAGUGAAAUGGGUGGAGUUGAGGAGCGCGGUUUCCUGAGAGGAAGUGACCGCACGGGGCAGGAAUGCGCCGCCGGCUGCGCGCCGCGUCCCGCCUGCCUCGCCGCCGUGCCGCGGGGAGCCCUCGCCGCCCCGCCAGCCAUGCCGCACUUCACUGUGGUGCCGGUGGAGGACAAGCCCCGCGCCGAGUACGACAGCGUAGAAGGGCUCAGUUGGGUGGACUACCGGGAGCCGGCCGCGGUGCCCGCCCCUGGUGACUCCUACGACACCGUCAGCUCCGACGGUCAUGGCAACCAUAAGGAAAACAGUCCUUUCCUGAAUAGUACAGAAGCAGGCAAGGGAGGUGAUUACUAUGACAGAAAUCUGGCCUUGUUUGAGGAAGAACUUGAUAUACGACCAAAAGUGUCAUCUCUCCUUGGCAAGUUGGUCAAUUACACAAAUCUUACCCAAGGUGUUAAGGAACAUGAAGAAGCAGAAAGCACUGAUGGAUCGAAGAAGAAAGUAUCAAAAUCACCCAGCAUGGGCACCCUGAUGGGGGUGUAUUUACCAUGCAUGCAGAAUAUCUUUGGGGUUAUUCUCUUCCUUCGGCUGACUUGGAUGGUGGGAAUGGCUGGAGUCCUUCAGUCCUUCCUGAUUGUAUUGCUUUGCUGCUGUUGUACUAUGUUGACAACCAUAUCAAUGAGUGCUAUUGCCACAAAUGGUGUUGUUCCAGCUGGUGGCUCCUAUUUCAUGAUAUCUAGAUCUCUGGGGCCAGAGUUUGGUGGAGCUGUAGGGCUGUGCUUCUAUUUGGGAACAACAUUUGCAGGAGCAAUGUAUAUCCUUGGUGCCAUUGAGAUUUUAUUGACAUAUAUUGUGCCACAAGCAGCAAUUUUUCAUCCAUCCGGUGCCCACGAUGCUUCCAGUGCCAUGCUAAAUAACAUGAGGGUGUAUGGCACUGUAUUCCUCAUCUUAAUGGCAGUGGUGGUCUUUGUAGGUGUCAAAUAUGUAAACAAAUUUGCUUCCCUCUUCUUGGCCUGCGUAGUAAUAUCCAUACUGUCCAUUUAUGCUGGAGCUAUCAAGUCCAUCUUUGAUCCACCUGAAUUUCCAAUUUGCAUGUUGGGCAACAGGACUUUGUCAAGAGAUCACUUUGAUGUUUGUGCCAAAACCAUAGUUAAGGAUAACAUAACUAUGGCCUCUAAGCUUUGGGAGCUUUUCUGCCACACUACAAACUUAACUGAAGAACACUGUGAUGAAUAUUUCCUAAUGAACAAUGUCUCUGAGAUAGCAGGAAUUCCGGGAGCUGCUAGUGGCAUUUUAAUAGACAACUUAUGGAGCAAUUAUUUGGAGAAAGGAGAGGUCCUGGAGAAAGCACAUCACCCAUCUGUUGAUGUAGCAGGCCAGAAAAGCAACCUGCACCUGUACGUGCUUUCAGAUAUUGCUACUUCCUUCAUGGUGCUGGUUGGCAUCUUCUUCCCUUCAGUGACUGGUAUCAUGGCUGGUUCAAACAGAUCAGGGGACCUCAAAGAUGCACAGAAAUCCAUUCCUGUUGGAACAAUUCUUGCCAUUGUCACCACAUCACUAGUCUACUUCAGUUGUGUGUUAUUAUUUGGAGCCUGCAUAGAAGGUGUUGUCCUGAGAGAUAAGUACGGUGAUGCGGUGAACAAGAACUUGGUGGUGGGUACCCUGUCAUGGCCCUCACCAUGGGUCAUUGUGAUAGGAUCCUUCUUCUCCACGUGUGGGGCAGGUCUGCAAAGCCUCACUGGAGCCCCCCGGCUGCUGCAAGCCAUAGCCAAAGACAACAUCAUCCCUUUCCUGUGGAUCUUUGGUCAUGGAAAAGCUAAUGGUGAACCGACAUGGGCUCUUCUGUUAACAGCAUUGAUUGCUGAGCUGGGAAUCCUUAUUGCUUCACUUGACAUGGUGGCUCCAAUUCUCUCAAUGUUUUUCUUGAUGUGUUACCUCUUUGUUAAUCUGGCAUGUGCAGUACAGACACUUCUGCGAACUCCAAACUGGCGGCCUCGCUUCAAAUACUAUCACUGGGCCCUCUCAUUUUUAGGCAUGAGUAUUUGCCUGGCAUUGAUGUUCAUUUCAUCUUGGUAUUAUGCUUUGGUAGCAAUGCUUAUUGCAGGCAUGAUUUACAAGUACAUUGAAUACCAAGGUGCAGAGAAGGAGUGGGGUGAUGGUAUACGGGGCCUUUCACUCAGCGCAGCAAGAUAUGCCUUACUCAGACUGGAGGAGGGACCUCCACACACAAAGAACUGGAGACCUCAGUUGCUGGUGCUUCUGAAACUUGACGAAGAUUUGCAUGUAAAAUACCCUAGAUUGUUAACAUUUGCAUCCCAGUUGAAAGCUGGUAAAGGUUUGACUAUCAUAGGAUCAGUGAUCCAAGGGAAUUUCUUGGAAACCUAUGGAGAAGCCCAGGCUGCUGAACAGACUAUUAAGAAUAUGAUGGAAAUUGAGAAGGUUAAGGGAUUUUGUCAAGUAGUUGUAGCCAAUAAAGUUCGGGAAGGAAUUGCUCACUUGAUCCAGUCCUGUGGACUAGGUGGCAUGAAGCAUAACACUGUGGUGUUGGGAUGGCCCUAUGGCUGGAGACAAAGUGAAGAUCCAAGGUCUUGGAAGACAUUUAUAGGUACUGUUCGUUGCACAACUGCGGCCCACUUGGCUCUGCUGGUUCCCAAAAAUGUGUCUUUCUACCCCAGCAACCAUGAACGUUACAAUGAAGGCAACAUUGAUGUGUGGUGGAUUGUGCAUGAUGGAGGCAUGUUGAUGUUGCUUCCUUUUCUUCUCAAACAGCACAAAGUUUGGAGAAAAUGCAAAAUGAGAAUUUUUACUGUAGCUCAGAUGGAUGAUAACAGCAUCCAGAUGAAGAAGGAUUUGGCUACUUUCCUCUAUCAACUCCGAAUAGAGGCAGAGGUAGAAGUGGUAGAAAUGCAUAAUAGUGAUAUCUCAGCAUAUACUUACGAGAGAACUCUUAUGAUGGAGCAGAGAUCUCAGAUGCUGAGGCAAAUGAGGCUGACAAAAACUGAGAGGGAAAGGGAGGCUCAGCUGGUAAAAGACAGGCAUUCCAUAGCACGUCUGGAGAGCCUCUACUCAGAUGAAGAAGAUGAGGGGGACCCAGUUCCUGAGAAUAUCCAGAUGACCUGGACAAAAGAGAAAUGUGAUGCUGAGAAGCGGAACCGAGGCAGUGCUGUGGGAAGCUUUAGAGAUCUCAUCAGCAUUAAGCCAGAGUGGGAAAACUUGUAAGUUUGUUAUUUAACUUGGAAGUACAUUAAGAUGAUUGAGAGGGAAGACUUCGUUUUCUCAGCUAAAAGCAGGAAAAUUGUAUGUAACGAUGGAAGAAAAGAAAAGGCAUUAGAGUUGAGCAGUCUUAACAAUGUUUUAAAGGGAACAGAAUUAGCUACUUAAGCUAAGAAUUAUUAUAAGUAGGUUGUAACAAACUACACGAGUUGCCCUGACAAGAACUAAGGAUAGAAAACAAUUACAGGUCUGAACCUGUUUUCUUAAGCAGAGUAUGACACAGGCAGGGGGAAACAUUACUCAUUUAGAGAAACUCAUUCCACAGUACUGCUAGGAUGUUUUUUCUGGUAGUUUCUGGACACUAAGCAAGCCCUUUCUUAUAGCCUACACCUUUGAAUCACUGGGGAGAUGCCACUUUUAAAUAUCACUUUAGAGAAAACCAAAUCUUCAGUUUUCAAUUCCCUUUCCAAAGCUAUACACAGUUAAUGACAGAUGUGUUCCUGCUGCUGGUUUCUUCCUCACGUCCUGUAAACAUACUUGGGCUUUCUGAAGCUGAUGUGGUGAAGACAGAGGGUGUCCUUGCUCCAAAUUAAAUAAGAACAUGAAGUAACAGCGAGAUAGUUCACAGUGGGUAAAUUCUGCUGUUAGUAUAAUAAACAUGAUUCUUCCCACUGCAUCUUCUGUUUUCUAACUAUAUAAAUUAUUUAUUUGCAAGUCUGAAUAUUGAGAAGAGCAGUGAAGUUUCUAAAGACUUUCACUCAUAAUAUGCAAAACUGAAUUAACGAAACCAAAGAAUUCAUAUUUGAUUUGUUUCUACUAAUACUUGUAUUUAAUAUAUUAAAAUGAAGGAAGAAACCCAAGUGGAAAAUCCUCAAAGCUGUAAAUAAAUUCUCCCUUUGAUAAGUUUAUUUCUGUAUUGUAUUUCCUUUUAUGUUACCAAAAUAGUGUUUGAUUUCCUGUAAGAAGGAAACGUUCCCUGACUCUAAAUCCCCAAAGGAUGCUUUCAAGUUCAGUUCCUGCAUGAACUGAUGUUAUUUUGUGUUAAUGUAUUCUGAAUAAAUAAUGCUAUUACCUCUCUUAGCCUGGAUUCUUAAGGAGCGGAGGCAUAUGAGAUCAUACAUCUCUUCCAGUUUCUCCCAUAACAUUUGAAACAAGUGUCUACUCAACUUUGAAAGCAUGAUUGAGAUUUUAAGGAUACCUGAGUAGAAGUGUUUUUGUAAAUAGCCAGGCAGAGAGGUGGAUUAGUGUCCAGCUGAAGGAGAGUGUCACAUCCUUAUUACUCUCCAUAAAAGCCCUAUAGCGGACAUACAUCUAGCCCUUUGUAGGCUGCAAUCCUGUAUUUCCCUACCAUGUGAUUACAGUCUGUAGUAAACCAGGCUUUCUCUGGAGCUGCCAACUGCUGUUCAACAAAAAGAGGGAAGUGUGGAGUGCAAUGGUGCCAAUCUUCUACUUGGUCCUGAUGUUUUUGAGAAGGAGUUUUCUGGUACGGAGAAUGGAGAGGUGCGUGACCUGUGCUUCCAUGGGUGCAAGGGGUUCUGGACAGGGCUACCCUAAGGGAAGGCUCUACAGUCACAGGUGUCCAUGGUCAACAAGCACAUGCCCUUGUACAGUUGCGUUUUAACUUCUUAUGCAAGACUAAAUCAUCUUGAUAAAAUGCACUUUUUGAAGAACAAAGUAGCUUUGUAAACUGAUGGCUUGACUCCGGAGAUCCUACCAACAGACUAGCUGUACUUGAAGAACUCUGAAAUCUCUUUUGUAUCUGAAUUGUGAAAAAACACUGUGUGUUGAGUUGACAUUCUUCAGCGUAUUUAGAAGAUUUAAGGUGUGCUUUUAAGGGCCUUUUUAAUAUUUCAGUUUUCAGAGGCAUGUUUUUAACAAUAAGUCUG